UCUUCUCCCUGUUACUGCUUCCAUGUUUUUCUCCUUCCUUUUGCUGAAUUGGUAGAAAAAUGUUGGACCUUUCGGUUUUUAAGUUUAUAAAACUGAGAAUAAAGCUUGAGGGUUGUUAAACUUGUGAUCAAAGUUUGAACUUGGGAUGUGAUGUGCAGGUUCUUAUGCACAAAUCCUUUUCUCCUUUUUGCUUGUCCUGCUUUGCUUUGAAUUUGUUCUUUCUUUCUUAUUCUGUCUUCAUUCAUUAGUUUCUUAGUACUUGGUCCAUGUGUUGUAAAACCUGUGAUUUUGUAUCUGAAUGAAUCCGAAAUUUUGAAGAGUGUUUUCUUGUCUAGUAGUUUUUUCAUUUUUUUUUGUGUGUGACUACAUUCUGUCUCUUUUCAGUCUUUGCAAAUUCCUAAGAUUGUUGUUAUUAUUGUUGCAUGGGAUUUGUGUGGCAAGAAGAAGGUUCGUCUUCUGUGAGUUCUUCACUGCAACUCUUCUCCAUGAUGUCACUUUCACCUAGCUUAGGUUCUCCCAACAAUCUCUUGCUUAGAGAUAUGAAAUCCGAGGAAAGGGGUUUGUACUUGAUCCAUUUGUUGCUCACUUGUGCAAAUCAUGUAGCUGCUGGUAAUCUUGAAAAUGCAAACACCACACUUGAGCAGAUUUCCCUGCUUGCUUCCCCUGAUGGGGAUACUAUGCAGCGAAUCGCGGCGUAUUUCAUGGAAUCACUUGCAGAUCGGAUUCUGAAAACAUGGCCUGGGAUCCACAGAGCCCUCAACUCGACUAAAGUAACUAUGCUGUCUGAAGAAAUUCUUGUUCAGAAGCUCUUCUUUGAGCUUUUCCCUUUCUUGAAAGUGGCAUAUGUUCUCACAAAUCAGGCCAUCAUUGAGGCAAUGGAGGGGGAGAAAGUGAUUCACAUAAUUGAUCUCAAUGCUGCUGAAGCUGCUCAGUGGAUUGCUCUCAUCCAAGUUUUGAGUGCUCGACCAGAAGGCCCUCCUCAUUUGAGAAUCACUGGGAUUCAUCAGAAAAAGGAGAUUCUGGAUCAGGUAGCUCAUAGACUAACUGAAGAAGCAGAAAAAUUGGAUAUACCAUUCCAAUUCAACCCUGUAGUCAGCAAACUAGAAAAUCUCGAUUUUGACAAACUUCGAGUGAAAACUGGUGAGGCACUAGCAAUAAGUUCCAUACUCCAAUUACAUUCCCUUUUGGCCUUUGAUGAUGAAGCCUUGCGGAGAAAAUCGCCUCGUCUGUUAAAAGGCUCAAACGGAUUUCACCUGCAAAGAGUUCUCCCACUGAGCCAAACCACAUUGGGUGAUAUGCUUGAGAAAGACAUGGUGAAUGGCUACACCCCAAGUCCUGACUCAACCUCGUCAUCACCGGCAUCUUUAACACCUUCCAAUUCAAUGAACAUGGAGAGUUUUCUCAAUGCCUUAUGGGGUUUAUCACCAAAGGUCAUGGCUGUGACAGAGCAAGACUGUAACCAUAAUGGUCCAACUCUGAUGGAUAGGCUACUUGAAGCACUAUAUUCUUAUGCAGCAUUGUUUGAUUGUUUGGAAUCCACAGUCUCUAGAACCUCGUUGGAGAGAUUAAGGGUGGAGAAGAUGAUUUUUGGGGAGGAAAUAAAGAACAUCAUUGCAUGUGAAGGGCCUGAAAGAAAGGAGAGACAUGAAAAGCUUGAAAAGUGGUUUCAGAGAUUUGACCAAGCUGGGUUUGGUAAUGUUCCUUUGAGCUACUAUGGUAUGUUGCAAGCAAGGAGGUUCAUCCAGAGCUAUGGCUGUGAAGGAUACAGAAUGAGAGAUGAAAAUGGCUGUGUAUUAAUCUGCUGGCAGGAUCGACCAAUGUUUUCAAUAUCAGCUUGGAGAUCUAGGAAGUAAGAGAGUUGAAGGGGUAAAUUAGUGACCUUUUUUUUUUUCAUCUUUUCAUUGCAUGAGAGUGUUUUAUCCUUUGGUAAUGACAAUUCUUCAAGAUCGGUUUUUAGAGAUACUCUUUAUUCAUUGCCUGGUAAAACCCCAUCAAGAAAGAAACUUGGGAAGAGAUAGAGAAAGGGUAGAAGGACAGAAUAACAAAAGAACAGAGGAUUUAAACAUUUAAACGUGGUUGUUUAUGGUUUGAUUUUAUUUUAUUUUUUACUGCUGAUCAUUUUUUCUAUGAAUUCCUGUACCCUAACUUGUAUCUAGCAAGCUUAUUAUAUUACAUAUAUAUAUAUAUAUAUAUAUAUAUAUAUAUAAAAUAUGUUUUUCUUCAGCCACUUGUUUAGAAUAAGUUAACAUUCAAAAUUCUAGGACAUGUGUCGGUUCUCUUUCA